ACCAACCAUCUUUCACACACACACUAAUAAGAAGAAGAUUGUAAGAUGGAAAUAUGUUCACAACCCGUUCCUGCAAUCAAGAAAAAUCAUGUGAAGAAGUUAGAUGAAAUUCGCAAAUCCGCGAAAUUUCAUCCAUCCAUUUGGGGUGACUACUUCCUACGAUAUGAUUCAGAUAAAACGAAAAUCUCCGAUGCUGAACGAGAAGAGCUCGCAAAGCAGAAAGAAAAGGUCAGGAAAUUGUUAGCACAAACUCCAAACGAUUCAACGCGUAAAAUGGAACUCAUCGAUGCUAUCCAGCGCCUCGGCGUGGAAUAUCAUUUUCAAAAAGAAAUCGAGGAAUCCUUGCAAUCUAUCCAUCAAAAUUACAAGCAGCAAAACAGCAAAGACAAGGAUGAUGAUCAUCUCGAUCCCAGCAGCGUGGCUCUUCGUUUUCGUUUGCUUAGACAACAAGGUUACAAUGUCACAUCCGAUGUGUUCCGUAAAUUCAUCGACAGCGAAGGAAAUCUUGCGGCGUCGUUGCAAGACGACGUGGAAGGUUUGUUGAACUUAUACGAGGCGGCGCAUCUUGGGACGCACGGAGAAGAAAUUCUGGACAGAGCAAUAGAGCUGUGUUCCUCUCGUCUUCAAGCAGCGGUGCACCGCUUGACCAAUGCUUCUCUCUCAAAACGUGUUGGCGAAGCUCUCGAGACGCCGAUUCGCAAGACCCUCACGAGAUUUGGUGCCAGAGAGUUCAUAGAUGUGUACGAGGAAGACGAGUCGCACAGUGAAGCGCUGCUGAGAUUCGCGAAAUUGGAUUUCAAUAUUGUGCAGAAGAUGCACCAGAGGGAGCUGAGCGAGGUUACAAGGUGGUGGUUGAAAUUUAAUGUGGCGAAUGAAAUGCCCUAUGCAAGAGAUCGAAUUGCGGAAUGCUACCUUUGGGCGAUGGGAGUCCUUUCUGAGCCAUACUAUGCUAGAGCAAGAAAAAUAUUAGCGAAAGUCCUAAGCAUUGCUUCAAUUAUUGAUGACACGUAUGAAUAUGCAACGCUAGAUGAACUACAGAUUCUAACUGACACAGUUGAACGUUGGGAUGUUAACGCGACCUUGGAGGAAUUACCACGAUACGUCCAACUCUGCUAUAGAAGCCUUAUUGAAACAUAUACUAUUGAAAUAGCAGAUGAAUUGGAAGAAGGAGAAGCAUACCGCCUCAAAUAUGCAAUUAAAGACAUGCAAAAAAUGGGGAAGGCAUAUUUUGACGAGGCGAAAUGGUUGUAUAAUAAUAAUUAUAUUCCAAAUUUAGACGAGUAUUUGAAGGUGGGCCUCAUAACUUCUGGUUACAUGAUGGCAUCAACAACUUCUUUGGUGGGUAUGGGAGAUGAAGUUAGCAAAAAAGAUUUCGAUUGGAUUAUAAAUGAACCUCUAAUUGUUCGAGCAGCAUCCUUCAUUUGUCGAGUAACGGAUGACUCAGUUGGAGAUUCGUUCGAGCAGAAACCCACGUCUACACUGGGCUACAUGAAACAAUAUGGUGUGUCGGAGGAGGAAGCUCGUGUUCAACUUAAACUGCAACUGAAGAAUGCAUGGAAAGAUAUAAACCAAGAAUGCCUUGAGCCAACACCGGCAUCGAUGCCAAUCCUCAUGCGCGUCGUCAAUCUUGCUCGCGUCAUACACCUUCUCUAUUCACACGCCGAUUGCUAUACCGAUCCCAACAAUUCCAAGGAAUUCGUGAAGAAGAUGUUUAUUGAGCCCCUCACAAUUUGAAGAUCAUGAAACUCAGAGGAAUUAUUAAGUAAUUGCAUUUCAAUAAAGGAUAAAUGGACUUUCUAGAAUAAAUUAAUUAAUAAAGCCUUGAAAAAAUUUGUGCUGUC